AUGGCGCAGCACGAAGAAUUUGAGAGUGCGGGCAAGAAGCCCGGCCUGCAGGUGUGGCGGAUGGAGAAAAUGAGCCUGAAACCUGUGCCUUCUGAACUCUAUGGGGAGUUCUUCACCGGAGACUCUUACAUUUUGCUCCACACCACCUCUGCUCCUUCCUACAACAUUCACUCAUGGAUUGGCAGCAAAGCAUCUCAUGAUGAGAAAGGGGCUGCUGCCAUCUUCAUGAUCCAGCUGGAUGGUCACCUUGGAGGAAGUGCGGUGCAGUUCACUGAGUUUCAAGACAAUGAGUCUAACGAGUUUAUGGGCUACUUCAAGUCUGGUAUCAAAUACAAGCAAGGAGGAAUAUCCUCAGGCUUUCAACAUGUAACCCAGGAGACUGUCAGGCGCCUGCUGCACGUUAAAGGGCGUCGUAUGAUCAGAGCCAAUGAGGUGGAUAUGUCCUGGGACAGCUUCAACAAAGGAGACUGCUUCAUCAUUGACUUGGGAGAGACGAUUUACCACUGGGCUGGUAGUGACUGCAAUCGCUUUGAGUGCCUGAAAGCCACUGGGGUGGCCAUUGAGAUACGUGACAAUGAGCGAGGUGGAAGCCCUGAUAUUGUCUACGUUGAGGAAGGCAGUGAGCCAGAAGAAGUCAUUGAAAUACUGGGACCAAAACCCGACCUCCCACCAGCAACCUCAGACGAUAAAUCUGCUGAUACGAAGAACAAGAACCAGGCAUCUCUCUAUUUGAUUUCUGAUGUUACUGGCUCCAUGAAGACAACUAAUGUGGCUGAUAAAAACCCUUUCCAACAAGACAUGCUCUCCAACAGUGACUGCUACAUCUUAGACAAUGCAGGAGACAAAACGAUCUAUGUCUGGAAAGGAAAGGAGGCGAACCCAGAAGAACGCAAGGGAGCACUGGAAGCUGCAAACAAGUUCAUCAAAGACAAGAAUUACCCCCAAUAUACUAAGGUCCGGGUAUUGCCAGCUGGAGCCGAGACAGCCAUGUUUAAGCAGUUCUUCUUUAAUUGGCUGGACAAGUAUGAGACUACAGGACCAAGUGAGGCCUACAUCAUUGGCAAAAUCGCCAAGGUGGAACAGAUUCCCUUCGAUUCCACCACACUCCACUCCAACAUGGUUAUGGCUGCCGUUCACAACAUGGUGGACGAUGGUUCCGGGGAUGUCAAGAUUUGGCGUGUGGAAAAAGAUCAAAAAAUACCCGUGGACCCAUCCACGUAUGGACAGUUCUUUGGAGGUGACUGCUACCUGGUGCUGUACUCCUACACUGAUGACGGCCGUAAGAAGCAUAUCAUCUACACCUGGCAAGGACGGAAGUGCACUCAUGAUGAACUGGGUGCUUCAGCCUUUCUCACUGUCACACUGGACGACUCCAUGAGCGGAGUAGCUACACAGGUUCGUGUCACUCAGGGCCGAGAACCACCUCAUCUUGUGAGCCUGUUUAAAAAUAAGCCUUUGGUCAUCCACCUCGGAGGGACGUCGCGUAAGGGUGGUCAGAGCAAGCCUGCCAGCACACGGCUCUUCCAUAUCCGCCUGAGCUCCACCAAAGCCACACGGGCCGUUGAGGUGGAGCCCGUCGCCUCUUCCCUGAACACCAAUGACGUGUUUGUGCUGAAGGAAUCCGACUCUGUGAUGCUGUGGGUGGGGAAGGGCGGAACCUCAGAAGAGAUGGAGGCAGCCAAGUAUGUCGCCAGCCUGCUCGAGGGAACCGUCACCCAGGUGGAGGAGACUGAAGAGCCAGACGAUUUCUGGGCUGCACUGGGUGGGAAGAAGGAGUACCAGAGCUCCAAGACCCUGCAGAACCCACUCAGGGCUCCACGAUUGUUUGGUUGUUCUAACAAGACUGGCAGGAUCAUUGCAGAGGAGGUGCCAAGUGGGUUCACACAGCUGGAUCUGGCUCCUGAUGAUGUCAUGAUUCUGGACUGUUGGGACCAGAUCUUCAUCUGGGUCGGGAAGGAUGCCAAUGAGACAGAGAAAAGUGAAUCGCUCAAAAUCGCCGAAGGAUAUCUGAGUUCUGACCCCUCCGGCCGUCAAGGUAUCCCCAUGACCACCAUUAAGCAGGGUGAGGAGCCUCUAUCCUUCAAAGGCUGGUUCCAUGCCUGGGACACAAAGUUGUGGGACCAAGAUAUGUUGCAAAGCAUUCAAAAGAGUCUCAAAAAGGAUUAG